AUGCCAGGUUCGAAACGUGAAGAAGAGGACCGCUCACGGCUUGACGGCUUCGAGAUCGAGAUUUUCAAACUCGUCCAGAGGGGGGCAACUUCAGAGCAAUGGAAGGAGUGGCUUCGAGCACCUCGGGAGCAUGCCGCGGCCGAGGGGAACUUGGAUUUCUUCACACGGCUGAUGGACGCUGGUGCCAACGCGGGAGCAGGCUGGCGGGGUUGUAAUGGCCGCACACUGCUGGGUGCGGCUGCAUUUGGUAGGAGUGAGAAGAUGGUUCGCACCACGCUAACCGCGGGGGCGACGGAUGAUGUAAACGUCCUGUUCGGGGGUGAACGCGAGGCGCUCAUGAUCGAUGGGGCAGAUCCGAAUGUGCGUGAUCGGAGGAAACGUAGUCCGCUCCACCUCGCUGCCGUAGCUGGGCACCAUCGAGUUGUAGGAAUGCUUCUUCUGAACAGGGCCUGUGUACACGCGAAGACGGCUUCCCAGCAGACUCCUCUCCACCUGGCUGCUUUCCACGGCAAUGCGCUGUGCAUUUCUGAGCUUCUGCUGGGCGCGAACAGCCACCUCGAGGCAGUCCAAGAGCUUCUAGCUGCUGGUGCCAAUUACAGCCUGCGUACCAACGGCAGCCGUUCUCCGCUCGAGAUUGCUGCAAACAGAGGUCAAGCGGACGUCGUGAAGGCAUUGCUUGACAAAGACAGUGGUGAAGUCGACGCCACCGAUGGUGGUGGAUGGGCAGCCCUACACUAUGCUGCAUCGAUUGAUGGACCUGUCCGCGACAAUGGUGAUGCUGUCCGUGUACUGUUGAGAGCUGGGGCUGAUGUCAGCGCCAAGGGCACCAAAGACCCCUGCGAUACGUCGCUCUAUCUUGCCGUUAAUCGUCGGAUAGCAUCCGACGGCACGAUUCGCGCCCUGUUGGAGGGAGGGGCCAAUAUCAAUGCGCGCAUUGGAGGCGACCAGACACCACUGCACGUAGCUUGCAGUCGUUCGAGUGCUGUUGGCGUUGAGCUUUUACUACGUUGGGGGGCAGAUGACAAGCUCACGACCAACGUUGGACAGACGCCCGCACACGUGGUACGAGCGCUGCAGCAGGAUGACCUUGACGACGAAGAACUCGAGGCCGACAACCAGCGCAUUCGACGAAUGUUGGCGCGCGAUCCAGCCGCCAGGUCAUGGCGUCGCCGCGGCUGGCUAGUGCUGAGCCGUUCAUGCCCGACCAGGGUGCAGAUCGCGAACGGCAGCAGCAGCAGCAGCAGCAGCAGCAGCAGCAGCAGCAGCAUCAACGGCAACUCCGCGAAGGUGGCGAAGGUCAGCGGCGAGAGUUCAAGUCGGGAUGAUGAGGAGACGGCAGACGACAUGAUGGUGGACUUGAGGGAUCUGGUGGGCAGGCUGAUUGCACUGGAGGCAGAUGGCGUGUUUCGCUUGGUGGUGGGCUUUCUGUGA